GUGAGACACAGAUGAAGCUCAUUGGCAGAGAGCUCAUCUGACUGCGGACACGGAUUUUUUUAAUCCGUGCUGCAACACGAGCUCGUCUCUACAACAGUGCGCGUGGAAUGAAACCACACACGCGCUUCACGUGAAAAAGACGCGCGUGACGAGUUUUUAUCGGCUGCAGCCACAGCCGUCGACAUGAGUCACCUUUCCGAUGUGAUGUGGGGCUACGAAACCGCGGCCGCCGUACUGUUAAUCAUAUUCGCCUCGCUGUCAGCAUGGGGCGCGUUUCUCAUUUACCGAGCCGUUAAAGGUCAACGAGGGGAAAGGUGCAGCGAAGAGAACACGAGCGGAACGGAAAAGGAAGCAACGAGACCACGAGGAGGAGGAGGAGGAGGAGAUGAUGAAGAUGAAUGGAGCAAGUCAACAGGAAGUGAUGAUGGAAUCUCUGAGGAUUGGGAUGUGGAUUCCGAUGAAACAAAAAUCCUAUCUUAUGCAAGCCAUACAAAAACAUCUUUAGACCUUCUGGAGGAAAACCUGGAAAAAACCUCCCAUGAGACUGUGAAAAAACCUACUGCAAAAUCUCAAACUGGUUCACCUGUUAGAGACACUACUGGAACCGGUAAGGAUCAUAUUAUAUGCAGGCAUGAUGUCUUUGAUGCUGCGGAGAGUAUUAGUGUGCAGUCAGAUUUGUUUGUUUAUCAAGAUAAUAGUAGCAGACCCUCUGGAGACAAGCCUGAGAACAGUUUGAAGGAAAAUGCCUGUGAUGAUGAGGAGUCUGAGAUCGAACAGCAUAUAGAUGUGGAUGAGCCAUCUGAAACCGAGAGUGCCCAAGAGAUUAUGGAAGCUAAAAAUCUCAUUGUUCAAAAAAGCCAGUCAGUGGACGAUCUGUUAGACAACACACUCUUAGUGCAAGACAUUAUGAGCAAGCCUAAUGAGGAGGAGAUAAUUGUAGCUGACACAGUAUUGCAUAUUUCAUCUGAUAUCUCAAGUUCAGAAGCUCUGCAUAAAAAGACAAAUAUGGAAGACCCUGAGGUAACAACCAAAGCAUUCGAGAGGAACAUUCCUCUGAUGAAUGAUCUUGACUCCUACUGCUUUGCUGAACAGUCUGAUCCCUUGAAUAAUUUGGCAUCAGAGAAAGUCAAGCAAAAUAUGGAGGUCAAAAGCUGUCAAGACUUCAAUGGCAGCAUCAACAGCUUGCAGACAACAGUGAGCAAAACUGAUGACUGUUUGGCCACUCAACAGCAUCUGAGCAACACAUUUGGCCAUAUUCUCAGCAGUCCACCACAUAACUACCUGGGCUUUACUGUAGCUGGUUUGCAAGUGGAUUCAUUACCACCUCUGCGACUCACAGAACAAAGCAAGGAUAAAACAGAGGUCACACCAGCAGACAUGAGCCAGAAGAAGAAUGAGAUCAGCAUCAUGGAUGCGAUAAUGGACAGCAAUGAGUGGCUUAGCACUGGACCACCAGACACCAGAGACCUGCCCUGGCUGACUCAGACUCUGAGUAAGGCUAGUUGUGGAUUCAAAGCUGAUGUUUCUUCGUCUCCAGUUCCAGCUACCGCCACUUUUGGGCUUCCAGCUGAUGUGAUGUCUCACCGAGACAAGACAGACUUGCCAGAAAGCACCACCAUUGCUGAGGCUAAGGAUGAAGUUGAUCCGUUGAAUAAGAAAGUAGGAACAGUGUUGCCAAUGCCCCAGCUUGUAAAGGUCAGCUUUAGAGUGCACUACAUCACACACUCUCCAAAACAGAUUCUGGCUGUAACUGGGAACCAGCAGGAGCUCGGGUUCUGGGAGAGCUUUGUUCCUUUGAGCAGUGUUGACAAUGGGUUUUGGUUCUGCACCAUCAGUCUCCCCUUGGACAGCCAGGUCGAGUGGAAGUUUAUCCUGGUUGAGGAGGGAAAGAUCCAGCGUUGGGAGGAGUGUGAAAACCGCUGUUUUGUUGUAACUGGUCAAGAGGAGGAGAUUCAUCUGAAUAAGAACUGGGGGUAUGCGUGAACCAAAAUCAUAUCAGUGGCAUUCUAUAUAGCAAUAAUAUUUAUCCCAGGUGCAUUAUUGCAAACAGAUGUUAGCAUAAAUAUGAUGCAUGAGGCUGUGAUACUGUUAAUGUAGCAAUAAUACUUACAAUAUGCACAUUUUCACCUUUGAUUAGCUUGUAUGUCGAUUUGGAUAUGCUCAUGUUGACAGCGUUUGUCCUGUGGCUCUUACCAGCAAUAAUAAUAUUAGGUGUCCUACACUACUCAGAGAAAUGGUUUAUUUUCCAGUGACUUGUCUGUUAUAGUUGUUAUGCAAUGUCAUUUUGCCAAUAAUGAAAUGUUUGCAGGGAUGGAAAAUACUCUAGAAUUUUUACUUCUUUACCAUACAUAAGUAUUACUUUGGGUUAUUUAUACUAGUGUUCGCAAUAUGUCCUCCAACAUUGGGGGGUUCAAACUUUUUGUUCCUUGCAUGUUUAUUCAGAUCUUCAAACUAGUUACAAAUUUUGAAUGUUUCUUUGCUCAUCCAGCCAUCAACUGUAUGCAUUUUAGAAAUCAAACAGGCUGAACUGAAUCGAUCGCAUAGCGUUAAUGCUAAUAAUAUCUCUGGACAUAGAUUAGCCUAAAGACUACAGUGUUGAACAUGAGGAUAAGCACUCCUACCUCAUUAUGCUGAACUAAACUAAGACUUGUGUAGAGUGAGGUGUCGUCUUUGCCUCUCAAAAUGACAUGAAAAUUGUUGAUGUAAGUGUUGCUAAUUUGCUAAUAUUACCUGGCAAUUUUUAGCGGUUAGCUUGUUUUCUUGGCUUAUGCCUGGUUAGACUAGAUUUGAUUCCAGCAGCUAAUGAUUUGUCAAAGAUUCUUACCAAUGGUAAAUAUUUCGUUAUUUAUAUGACCGUUUGCUAAUUAAAUAAUCAACAAAAUUACUAUACUAUUUACUAUUAGUCUAGCAUAUUGUGCAUGAUUAAUUCUCAGGUGGGACAACAAAUAGUUACAUUUGAAUUGCAAUUUAAAAUUACUUUAAUACUUUCAUUUUGGCUUAAUACUUGCAAAAUUUAAGUACGAUUUGACUAAUUAUUUAUAUGUUCACUGAAGUAUAAUUUCUUAGUACUUUUCCACCCCUGUUUAUCUAAAUAUUAGAUUAUUUUGUAUGCAAGCUUGUUACAAAUCCUUAUAUAUAACAAAAGCUGCAUUAGUAGUCAAGUUUGCUAAUCAGUAUUUGCACAAACUUGCUCAGCACUGUUUUUCCUCAUGCCGUAACCUUGUGAGCAAAUCAGAUUUGCAUGUCAGCAUCGAUGUUUAUGUAAUCAGGGAACGGCUCGUGUUGCAAUUGUGAAUCAGCAGUGAGCUACUCGUACAAAUAAAUCCAUAUUCUUCUGGCUUCCUGAGCAACCUGGCUGCAUCAUGAGAUUCAGCCUGCAAAUUUCUAGAUGAGUUAAAAGUUAGGAGCAUGCUUUAGUUCCUUACAUCUUCUGUUAGUAGUUGGCAGUUGUCUUCUGAACUGAGUGUCUAGGAGAACAAAAACAAAGCAACAAAUUACAGAUCCAAAAAUACGUAAUAGGACAUUUAAAUAACAAGAUUGCAAAUUUAGACCAAAUUUUGAACACAGUUAAAACAAUAUGUAAAGUAUUCAAAUUGGAAAGCUAGUCUUUAAGUGAGUAUUGCAGUUAUAUUUCGAAAUGUUAACACAAAUAGUUUCUCUAUGUGUUUUGAGGAGUUCAACACCAAUGAUUUGGCCAUAUUUACUGAUGCACUUCUUUGGUGCUCAUAGAUCCGAAUCUGAGUGAAAAUUUUGCUAUCAGCUGUACUUCAGUAACUUUAAAAUAUAACAAAUAAUGCAUUUUAUUUUAUUACCACAACUUUGCCUUAUAAAAACUCAAUGUGCUGCAGUUGGUGUUAGUUUUAGUGUUUUCUAUUGUAAAUAUGUGUGUUUAUGUAAGCAUCUGAUACGCUUUUGAAAUAAAAUAAAUGAAUAAAUUUGGAAA